AUGGCCACUCGACCUGUCACGUCAACACGAAACAUUGCUCUCGGGUUUCUCGAAAAAGAGCUGGAAGAACACAAACAGCAGCUGUCGACCCAGAGGAGAGAGCUCGACAUACGAUUGAAACCUCUUAGAGACGAGAAGAACGAAGUUGUUAAUGAGAUCAAGAGUGCUCACAGCCUCCUUGACGGUCUUCAAGCCAAAUUGAAGGACUUCGAAGACUUAGACAAGCGAUUGAAUGAACAGAUCAAGGAGGAAGAGAAGAAAUUCGAAGAUGAGUUUGAGGGUCUGAUGGCUAGGAUUACGGGUCUCAAGGCUGCCCUCACUGAGCUAGGGAGUGUAAGACAAUCUGUGGAGGUGAAGAAGGAAAAGGGUGUGAUUGAGUUGGGUAGUGGAGGGGAUGAGGGGUUGGAAGAUGUCGUGAGUCGGGUCACAGAAGGGGUAUCUGUAAACUCGAUGUCAGAAGUGUCCUCCGGUGAAGUGCCUUCUACUGUUGAUGUAUUUGCACCUCCAGUUGAUGUUGCUACUGACGCUGCUACAUCGCAUACACUGUCAUCAUCUAUAGGUAACGGUCCUUGUGAGAAGCCAGCUGCCACAACCGCUAUCUCUAAAACUGUUUCUAAAGAGAAAAUUGCUGUCGCAAAGAUCUCUCCUGAAACAGGUCUCUCAUCUUCCGAGCAUGCUUCCCAAAUCCUUUCUCGCAUCUUGAUUCCUAAACUGCCUUCUUUUGAGAAGCGCAAAGGUUCAAAUGGAACUGCGAAGCCCCAAGUAGAACGGCUCAAACGGAGAAAGCCAAGUUUUGCGGAAGAGGUGGCUGUUUUGAUCAAACCGGUGCCCAAAACAUGUCCCAAGCCCAAGAAAACUCCAGGAUCGAAGACUAAGGGAAGGGGAAGAGAGCCACUGGCAGUGUUGACAAAUGAGAAUCCCAACAGCUACGCCAAACAAUUGGGCUCCCGUCGCAAAGAACACAGAAGCGAAGACUCAGAUGCCAGUUGGAAUGAGGAAGGAGUUUCCAUUAACGCCAGUGAUAGUGAUUCGGAGGAUCAAUCUCCUAAUGGUCGACGACAAGGUUGUCGAUCGCGAGAGAUUGACUGCGAGAGCGAUCUCACAAGUGAACUAAUUGGAGAAUUCAAUGAGUUGGUGGGAGAUGGGAGUGGGAAGUUCGAUAGGAAGAGGACAAGUGCAAAUGGUACAGAAGAGAAGGGCAGCAACAAGAAGAGCAAGCAUGUGAGCGGGAGAGCAGACAUGGGUCAAGGUGUUGAAGAUGGAAAGGCUGAUUACGAAUAUUCCAACAUGGACACAUCCAUUGACGAGUUGUUCUUCGAGAAGCCUGCUCUUAAUGAGAUGACUAAUGAUGAGGCUAACCCGCCAGAUGAGUACAAUUCUUUUGAGGUACCAGUAGAACCAGCUAAUGACAUUAGCUCUGCCAUUGCACCGAAGCCAGGGUCUACAGCGAAGUCAAAGUCUGCGGUGGAGGCCACUCAUUCGUCUCACCCACCUACCAAUAUGAAGACUGAGAUGGAAGAUGUGGCUGUAAACUCUCCAACACCUUGGGAGCCCGGUAAGAGUUCGGAUUGCCUGGCUCCCAUGUCGCCUACCUCAUCUUCCCCACCUCUCAAGCUACCUGGACCCCAAGAGCUUGACCUAGCCAGCUCUCCUGGAGUCCUUGAGUCCCAGAACGCUCAACACGACAGAGAAGGCUUAUCCGAAAGGAAGAGUUCGUAUAAUCAAUUGUCCCCCUCAAAACUUUCACCCCAGCCACCUACAGGUCCUCGCGCCCUCAGGCCUUGUUCAGCCUUGGAGGAAUCUUUCCCGCGGCCAAUUACUGGAACACCUACCGGUCCUCGAGAUCAGGGCUCUUUACUGGGCGUUCAGGAUUUCGAUUCGCCCAAAGGGCUUCAAAAAGGGAGCCAAGCUCACCAAGGCGACAGGCGUGAUGAAGAAUACAGCAAUAUGUAUGGCAAACAACACGCCUGUCAACCAGACCCUUACGACAGACACGAUUAUCGGGGGAGGGAUAUCACCUGGGAUAUCCUCAGAUACAACCCACAACUCUGGGCGCAUCUGCACAGUGUCAGGCAGCUCAGAGGGCUUGUGUUUUACCACGGCAGAUACACUUUGAUCAGGUGUAUAUAUGGCUAUCCCGAGAGGAAGUGUCAUGAUGCAUUUGAGACCCUGCGAGAUCUGCGGAUGCACAUGUUCACUGUCCACUGCAUUAAGACGUAUGUGUGUCUCCUAUGCAAAUCAGCUUAUGGUAGGAAGUGUGAUCUAUGGGGCCAUUGUAAGAAGUUCCACGAUGGCCUUAUGGGUAAGUACUGGCGUGGGCAUUCCAACCAUGUCUGA